CCGGGCAGCCAGCAGAGGUACUCGGUGCUCAAGUACCUCUGUAUUACAGCUAGCUGGAACAGUUGGAGUACUUGUGUGACGCUGAGCUGUUGAGAGCGACUGUCUUGCCAUUUAACGAAAGCUCGGUUGUCAUCGUCGGCGUGAUGGAAGUGGACAAAAUGGACGAAGACGACUGGAAGUAUCACGGUGAAGGAAACAAGAGCCUGGUCGUGUCACACGUACAGCUUUCUAGAGUUCUGCGUCUUCUCAAGUAUCCAGCCGAGGAUUCUGAAAACCCACCACAGACACCAGAGCAAGCCUUCAGGCAGCUCCAGAACAUUGUUGACUUCAGCUCCAAUGUGAUGAGCAGUCUUCUCGGAGAGAAGUUUAUCCACAGUGGGGAAGUGGUCAAACUGCCACUAGAGUUUGUACGACAGCUGUCAAUCAAAGUUCAGCAUCAUAGACCAGCGUGGCGCUGUGACAAGGUGAUGGAUAUCUACAGUGGCUGUGCUCUCUGUCUGCCCAACCUAACAUCUCCUGUUUUACACCAGCCAACACACACUGCUCCACUGUGCAUCGAGAUCAAGCCCAAGUGUGGUUUCCUGCCAUCCUCCAAACAUGUCAGCAAAGACAUCAAGACCAAAGUGUGUCGCUUCUGCAUGCACCAACACUACAAGGUUGCCAGUGGAAAAUGGAAGAGACGCAGCCUGUACUGUCCUCUGGACCUGUUCUCAGGGAACAGACAGAGAAUGUACUUUGCUGUCAGGCACCUCAUAGAAGAACCACAGAACAACUUCAAAAUUUUUAAGGGCGGUCAGUGUAUUUACAGUAGUAAGGAGGGCAGUGAUGACUCACCGGACCUGAAUUCCCUUCUGCAUCAUCUCAGACCUUACUUCAUGUUCGGAAACAACAGAAUCAACAGUCACAUGUCUGGCAAGGCUGUAAUGAAUGACUUUAUCCAGGUCCUGGUGAAUGCCCUGCUGAGAGGUGGAGGAGGAGACAGCGGGGUAGUGACAGAUAGACGUGGAGAAGGCCGUAGCUUCUGUGAAGCCAGUUUUUUCAACAAAGAGAGGAUUCGCCACGGCUCUCAGGGUUUACCCAGCAGCAGUGUUUUGUUCAGGAUCCUUCAGACUCAGAUGUUGGACACAUUGGACAUUGAAGGACUUAAUCCUUUGUACCGUCGAGUGGAGCAACAUCUGCAGGAUUUCCCUAAGGAGAGAACUCGUCUUCAGAUGGAUGGGCCGUACAACGAGGCCUUCCUGGAGAAGCUACAGAAAUGUCCGACCGAGGACGAUGGCUCCGUGGAGUACGCUGUUGCCAAGGUCCAUCAGUAUCGUGUUGCCAUGACAGCCAAGGACUGCUCCAUCAUGGUGGCUCUGGUGCCCAGCACUGAGGAAGAGGUGGACGAUGAAAGUGUCUCCAGUCAGAGAUGGCUCAGAGAUUUCCUCUCCAGACCUCCUGCUUUCUCCUCUUUGGUCUCCAUUUUGGAUCUGGAUCCAAAGCCAUUUGACAGCAUCCCCCGCCAGUUGCGGCUGGACCAGAACAUUGUCUCCUGCUACUUGAGGACUGGUGGUGCUGUGCCAAAGGGCUCUCUGCCUCCAGUGCCGGGCAUCUUCAUGGCUGCUGAGAGAGAAGACUGCACACUUCUCUUCCACCCUGUGUGAAGGCACAAGCUGAGUGUCACCAUGCUGAUGCCUCAACGAGAGAGGAGGGAUGCCAUGUUGUUUCCAGAGGUCUGGAAACUUCAGACCAGGGCUGUUUAUUCACUGCAGCACUUUCUCCUCCCCAAUCAUCUCAUGUUGACAGGUAUCAUCCUCUGCUGCUCAGCAAAAAGUAAAAAAAAAAAAAAAGAAAAUCUCCAGAAGUCGCAUAUAAAUCACCAGACAUUUAAACGACUUCCAGAUUAUUUUGUUACUCGUUUUUUCAGUUUAAAAUGUUGUUGUGGCCCAACAUCUCUUCUAUCUGGAUGUGAAUCACAACGCUCUGAUCUGUCACAUUUUAUUUACAUUAGCAAACAACUUGCAGGAAGAACGUUUCUUUUAUUUGGUGAUAGAAGGGGGAGAUUAAAGAGAAGGCUCACAAUCGUAAUUGUACAUGAGUGAUGUAGGAAGUAGGAAUAUAUCUGUGGAAAAAGCACAUUCCACAAUUUAUCUGAAGCUUCAUUAACUUCAGAUAUUCUCAGUUGCACAAACAAAGCUUGAUGUGUUAAGCGAAGUCUUUUCGGUACAAAAUUCAGCUCUUGAUAGAUCUCCUCUGACACUGCAAGACUUAAACAGGAAAUUUAGAUAAAUGUUGGCGGACACCAGGUCUAAUGACAAAUGACGGGUUAAAGAAGAGACCUUUUCUUUUUUCAUAAAUUUCCACCUUUUCGUUACUGAAAGCCUGAAGUGUGGUGGAGUGAUCGUAACGGAAUUUUGUACAAAAAAGUGCAAACAACAAUAUCCAUGUGGUUAGACUUGACACACACACACACCGCUGAAUUGUCAAACUAGAUAAUUGACAGUGUAGAUAAUUAAGGCAAGCAAAACAAUGCAUUGAUGUCCAUAUGGACAACUGAGGAUUGUGAACCUUUCCUUUAAGCAGUCUCUGACUCCCCAUUCCCCAGAAAAAAGUGUGAUGGAGAGAAAUUUAAGUUGUUCAACUGUCAAGUACAUAUGAUGUCAUUUCCUGAAUGUUGGCGAGUGGGCCACAUUUUGUCCACUUCAGCAUCAGGAAGUUAACAGAAGCACUAGUUACCAUGGCGACAGUCACAGAAGAGUGAAGCAAACAUGGUGGAUCUUAUUGCCAAACAGCCUCAGCUGAUUUAUGGGUUUGUCAGACUCAUAAUUCUUUGCUUUUAUUUGAUGUCAUAGGUUUUCAGUUCAACCCGUCACAGCUGAUCAGUGAGACCUGUUCUCCUGCUCUUAAAUUGUCAGAUAAUUGAAUAGAACGGUUUUGAACAAUUGUUCAGACGAAGCAGAAGACAUUUCUGCAGGCAUGGAGAAAUUGUAAACUUUGUUUUAAAAUAUUUCAUACACUAAAGAGAAUUAAUUUUGUUAAGUGUGGAAAUAAUCUGAUUUAUUGAUAUAUAAACUAAUCAUUAGUUGCAGCCCUAAAUAAGAUGAGGUGAUGCAGCAACCAGUGACCACUCACCUGCGCUUCUGCUGCUGGUGGUGGUGGUGGUAGGUUUAAGAGUUUUCUUGUCACAUGCUUGUGUUAAAGGUCAAUGGAGGAAAAUUAAGUGUUCUGAAAGUGUCAGUUUAACUUGCAUUUAUUCUCAUCAAAUAAGUCUGGUUACAUUUUGUCUUCACGUACACUGGUGAAUGGAGUUUGUUAAUACCAUGCAUCUCCACUGUGUGGUGAGGUUGAAGAGAUGAGACCCAGGCCAUUUAAUCAGUGGCACAAUUGUAAUCAACAGCUUUGUGUUUUAGACACUCCACUCCACAAAAUGCAGUAUAGCUGAACGCAUCUCUUAAACUGUUAAAAUUUGGGCUGUCACAGGACUGAUAUUUUUUUUUCUUACCAAACAAAUUUGUAAAAUGUUUGCUAUCGUAGUUAACACAAGCUACACCGAGUAGAAAAAUGGACCAUUUCAAAAGAAGCUAGUUAUCGUCAUCUGUGAUGAAUGUUAUAAAACGGUCAAAGCUGAGCAGAAUGCACAUGUGUUGCCACCAGCAAACCAAACCUGUCUGACAACACACAACAAAAACCACCACUAAAAGCUGGAAAAAAUGUGGAGGAAAAUAUAGUUACAGUACUGAACCACAGACAUUUUUUCUGAUUUUGUGUUCGUGCAGUGGGCGUGAUAACAUGAUGUAAACCACUGUAUUGCAAUAAUUGUGACAGCCCUAGUUUAAAAUAAUGUUUUAACAAUUUUUUUUUUUUUAAUUGGGGCCUCUGAAAUCUCACCAUCCUGGUAAAGAAAGUUCAGUAUUCUAACUUACUUUGUGUCAAGGCCAGAGUUGAUGACAAACUGCAUCACCUUCAUCUGUAGACUGAUUUCUCUGCCCAGUAACGGUAACAGUGCAUCCCUUUUUAUUCUUUAAAAAAAAAAGGGUUAAUAAUGAUGAAAUUAUUAUUUUUGAACUGAAUACUAAUGUGACUGUAUGCUUGUAGAGCAGAGUGAAGCAGAGGAAUAACAUGAGCAAGGGUUGCUGGGAAUCGUAGUGCUGUCGUCAUCAGCUUAAUGCUGCUGCUGCUGCUCUGCUGCUGGUGUUGUGCCAUAAGUGGCUUGUUGUGUGUUUGUCAACGUGCCUAAAUGUUCUGGUAGGAGUGGAGGACAGAGGAUGCUGGUGUGUGUUAGUGUUUGUGUGUUGGUGAAACUCACUUUGUUACAGGCUGCGUUCACAGCUGAGAUAUGAGACGAUCUGCGUAGAAUGGCAUCACACCAGAUUUGGGUUUUGUUGUAGACGCAGCCUUGAACUCUCGUGACCUUGAAUUCCUGAUGAUCUGAACAGAAGCUCAAAGAUUUGAUCAUUUCAAGAGCACUUGUUGGGUUUCUGAGGACGGUGAUGUCACCUAGAGGUGACAGUGAAACAUAGUAGUUUGUCUUCAUCAGCCAAUGAUUGUUUAUUGAUGGGUUUCUUUUGUGGACUUUUGCGUCUUUUCAGAAUUUCUUCUAGUUGUCUGGUAGAAACCAUGUGACCUGUGACCUCAUCGUCCUCUUCUGCCUGAAGCGCUCAUGAAGGCUUUUAAUGAACUGGUAACACUUGACUUAAAGUUCCCGUGUUUACAUUGUCCACUCUCUAGCCUCCAUGACCUCCAUGCCAAUCAAAUGUAUGCCUUGGACGUAGAAAAAAUUAUGAAGUUUAAAAUAAUGACCUUUGUCACACUUUGACACUGACUGACUUGUAACCACCACAUUUCAGGGUUUGAGGAGUGAAAGGCUGGAAAGUGAACAGUCGUGAACUGAACCAACCACUGAUCGUUCCAAUGGUUAAAACUGAGGAUGGACAGGCAGCAUGAGGAGGCAGCAGAGGCUCAUGGGAGUUGAAUGGGCUCUGAGUGAGACACUUGAGGUCUGGACACAUUUAAAUGGCAGCUGUUUGAUGUUAACAUGACUGUUUUGGUUGAUUUUUGAAACUUGAAUUGGAUCAAACACAAGGCCCAUGUGACGCAGAGCUGCGUUUAUUUCAUGUGGGAUGAAUUCCCAUGUUUAUAAUUUGAGAGGGUUCACUGUGGAGCGUUAAUUAUACUGUGCUUUAACAAUAAAACACUAAUCAACAAACGCUUUUAUUUAUCUUUAAGGACAGGACUUGGCCUCGAGGCCUAUGUAUUUAUGUGAAGUUGGCAUUUUUUUUGUAUAUCCGAAUAAAGUUUGUAUCUUUAUAAACUGUUCUAUAGUGUAAGUAGAAAACUAGGGCUGCGUUACAUCUCUACAUUGAAGAAAUUAAAAUGUUGCAGGAUCAUUUGGACAAAUGCCAAGAAUUAUAAAGUAAAAAAAAAAAAAUAUUAAAAUAAUCAGCUUUGCAAGAAGCUUCUAUGUUGCCAUGGUUGUGUCAAUGAUCCACAUGUGAUAAACAUUUUAAUCACUGACAAUCUUUUAAAAACCCUGCUUGUUUGAGUUAAGUUGUUGUGGAAGUAUUUUACAACAUUACCAAAGAUUUUUCCAGCAUUCUUAAAGAAAAAUAUUUUUUCUACUCUAAACAAGUUUUUUUUUAAAGCCCUUUUCAUAAUCCACAAAACAGCCGAAUAUGAGUGGAAAUAUUAAGUAUUGGAAAAUAACAUUGAGCUUGUGUUGUUUCAUUUUCAAUUCAAAGUCAACUAAAUGGAAAACAAGACGUUUGUGUGUGUUUUGACUUUGGUUGAAGGUUGUCUGGUCUUCACCAGAUAUGAAGAGUCACUAAAAACAACUUCCAGGGGAUUCACAUGAUUGUCAGUGAUUUAAAGGGAUGAUGAUACUAAAACACAAAUAGCAACCUUUUCAUUAUAUUUAUAAAAAUUUUGUCCAGACCUCUGUCCACGCAGAGACGUGAAGCUGCGACAGGUGAGCUGUCGUCUGAUUGGCUGGGUUGUCUCUGCCUCCACCUGCUACCUGAGUGUCUACCUGCAGAAACAUCACAGCACUGUGAUCGUACCUACAAACUCCUGAUAACUGCGUGCAUGUGUGUGUGUAAAUAGCUGAGAGAAGAGAACUAUUUGAGAAUACAAAGGCAUCACUGCUGUUUGGCAUUUUGUAUUUAAAUUAUUUAUUUUUGUAGAUUUUGACCAAUGAGCUCUGCUGUUACAGCCGUCACAGUCGUGCUCUUUCUAUUGAAUAAAGAUUUCUAAGAGACUAAACCAA